AUGAAACGAAUUACUUGUUAUCACUCACUCUUCUUAUAUUGCUACUCAUUCAAUAUGUCAUCUGUUGCAAUAUUAUUUCUUGCAAUCGAUCGUUUUAUUGCGGUACGAUCACCUCUAAAAUAUCGAACAGCACGAAGUGCACCUUUUGUUGCAUUAGCUAUUGGCACUGGCUUUACUUAUUCAACUCUAUUUGUUAUUGCUGGUUUUCUCUUUGCCAAUGAUAAUCUUGUAGAACCAUGCGAUCAGACAAUGGCUUACUCACCAAUACUAAUGGAAAUUUGGAAUUAUGGCUCUGUUAGCAUAGCUAUGGCUGUUUUUAUCAUUAAUGUUAUCGAUUAUUACUUAUUACGGAAUGUUGGAAAGCAACGUGAAAUACAUGAACGUGACUAUGCCGCUUAUCAGCGUCAAAAUCAAUUUACAACUUCAAUGCUUAUAACAAUGGUUGCUAAUUGUUUGACCUCACUUUUAUCAGCUUUUGCUUUGUUUGUCGUCAAUUUACUACCUGUUUCAACAGAAACCACUGGAGGCAUAUCAUCUUAUUUAUGUCUUUUACUACUCUUUAACUACGGCAAUAAUUACUACAUAUUGUUUUGGCGAAGUCAUACUUAUCGAACAAAAUUUCUCGAGCAACUUCAUUUGAUCCGUUGUGGUGCAACUGUUGGAUUUACAGAAAGGAUAGCAACAAUUACAAAAAAGCAUAAAUGGUUUCAUCGAUGA